AUGAAUGCACUGCUUCCUUUUAGGGUCAAAGACUUCAUUACGAGUAUCGAACGAUUAAAUGCUCACCAUGAACUCCUCUCAGAUAAAUAUACUGCACCCUCUAUCGGGCCCGGAUCGGCACAACAGCCAUCAUGCCCGACAGCGCCCGUCAACAACGGACUUCAACAUGAACACAGGAAAUGUCUCGUGGCGCUACGGGAGCUAUCGGAGCACACUCACGGUCAGACACUUUCAGAUGUUGAAGGCGUAGGAGGACGGCAUGACGAUGUACGAGUCGAUGGUGGAGUUCUCGGCUUGGGAUUCAAGAGGGCGUCGAGCAAGGCGUUAAGGGACAGGGCGGACACGUUCGCGAAGGAGUUGAAGGCUCGCGCAGAGGCGCUGGGGUAG